AUGGAGGACAAUCAUGAUGAUGAUAGUAUAAGACUUGAAGAAGAAAUAGAAAUUGAAUUAAGCAAAAUCAGCAUUUCCUCUCUUGAAGUUGAUGAUCCAGACAUAGAUUCAUCAGCUGAAGCUUCAAGCGAUAGCGAACCUAUUUCAGAUGAACUGCCAGAUUCGGUCCGCCGUUAUUUAAAUUUUGUGACAGCCAGAAGUCAAAAUGCAGAAAGACUCUUACAAGAUUUGGACAAUGAUGACAUGUUAAGAGAUAUCUACAAUGUAGUUCCUAACAGUGCUUCAGACUGCUUGACUGAGUUGGCUUCUGAAUAUAAUGAAGAUCCAGAAGAAUUAAAGAAGAGGGUACUCUCUGAAAUAGAAGAUGAGGAAUUACAAAUUGAUACAGAGACAGAGAAUGCAGAUGAAGUCAACAAUAAUGGAAGCAUUCUUUCCAAUGAAACUGUUGAUGCUGGUUUAUUGACAGAUGACAAUGACAUGGCCAUUAGCUUUAGUUUCCAAGAAGUUGAGGCAAAAUGCAAGCAAGAAUAUGAAAUUUGGCUGGAACAGCAGAAAGAAGUUGAGGAUGACAAAAUAAAGAAGCUGAAAGAGGAGAGGGAGAUGGAAAAAAUGGAAAAUGAGAUGGAGAGGUACAAGAGACGGAAAAGGCAAGAGGAACUGGAGGCAGAACGGACGAAGUUAGAAAUGUUGCAUGCGCAACAACAAGCUAUUUUGGAUGAGGCACUGCAAAAAGAGGAGGAGGCAUGGAAAGAACAGUUGAUACAGCACAACAAAUUGAUUCAAAAUUUACACAUGCAAAUAGAAGAAGAACAAAUGGCCUUUGAAGAACAGAGAACAAAGGAAAGACAACAGAUGGCGGAGCAGCAGAAUAUGGCUGCACAAAAAAUCCAAGCUUCCUUUCGAGCAUUCCGAGUGUACAAAACUUAUGCCCCUGUCUUGAAAGAAUGGAGAGCAGAACUGAAAAGGAAAAGAGACCUGCAGGAAGAAAUAAAAAUGGAGCAAAGAGAAAAGGAGGAAAGACUAAGGAAGAGGGCGCUAGAGAAGAAGCAGAAAGAGGAAGAGGAGAGAAAAAGGCAGGAGGAAAAAGAAAGGGAAGAGAUUGCAGAAGGGGUGAAGAGAUGCAGAGAAUAUGAACUUAAGAAAGAAUUGGUGAGACGGCAAAGAGAACAAUUAAUUUUGCUAGAACAGAAAAGGAGAGAGAAAGACAGUCUAAAUGGCUUUACCGAAUGGAAAAUGGAACCUGAAAAUACAGAUAAACAAGUAAAAAUGACAAUGGAGGAGCAAGACAUUGGAAAAGUAAAAGAGGACAAUCAAGAUAUGGAAGUAGCAGAAAAAGUAAAAGUUAAAAAAGUAGAGGAGGAGGAAGAGAGAACUUCCAAAAUGGAAAGUGAAAUGGCAGCCAGAAACAUGGAGGAAGAUUUGGAAAUAGCAAAGAAGGAAGGAGAAACUGGAAUGGUGAAUGAACAAAAGAAGGAUACGGCAGAAGAACGAAAACAAAUUUUGCAAAAACAACAGAUUAAACUGACACAGGAAAUAAGAUUAAAGAAAGAAGAACAAAACAGUUUAUGGCAUAAUGAUGGAGGAGAAAAACAAACAUCUGGAAAGACAGAAUUUCUUAAUGAGAUAAAUAAUGAUGACUUAGUAGAGAAAGGGGUACUUUAUGUAGAAGACUGUGGUUCAGCUACUGCAGACUGUCAGAUGGGUAGUAACACAAGAAUGCUUGAUAUCAAAAUGGUUGUUCCUGCAGAUAUUACAAUAGUUGAUGAGGAGAGUGGAGCACAAAGCAAUCCCGUUAGCAUGAAUGUUCAGUUAAGUUCUGGAGAGAGUGGACAAACACAUAAAUCUUAUGCAUCUGAAAACCUUAAGAUAGAACCUACAAAAAAAGGAAGUCAGAGUGAAGUGGAUGAUCUUUGGGCCAAAAGGGAUCUCUCAAUCAAACCUUUUGAGAAACCAAACAUACCUUAUGAUUCUAUUGAAGAGAAGAGAUUGAUGUGGAUGAAAACAUGCAAAUCCUGGUCAAGUAUUUGUGGGGAAAACAAAAGAAAGAAAACAGUUGAAAGAGGCAAACCACGGAAAUGCUCAGCUAGUUCAUUGCCUCCACUGAAUGCUGCCAUGAUAAUCCAGGCUGGCGCUUGGAACACUCUACAACAGGUUACUACGGUUGCAUUUGAAGACUUACCUGGCUGCAGCCUUUCCACUUUGUCACAAUGUUCCAGACUUCAGUUCUUGAGUCUCAGGCGCUGUGGAUUAAUUGCUUUGGAAGGACUUGGCAGUUGUAAAGAUUUGAUGUACAUUGAUGUAGAGGAGAACAAUAUUCAGACAAUCAGUUGUGAGAAUCUAGAAAAUCUCUGCAUUCUAAUUCUGAACAAAAAUAGAAUUUCAUCCAUUCAUGGUUUAUAUGGCUGCAGUAAUCUUUUGAAUCUUGAAUUUUCCUACAAUAAAAUCGCUCGAAUUGGUGGUUUAGAAUCAUUGAAAAAUCUCCAGCGACUGGUUGUAAGUCAUAAUCAGUUGAUCAGCACCAAAGGUCUUUCUGAUGCUCCAACUCUAAUAUACAUAGAUUGCUCCUUUAAUCAUUUAACCCACAUUGAAGGCAUUGGAAGCUGUGGUCUUCUACAGAUUUUGAAGUUACAAGGGAACAACCUCAAUGAGCUCCCCAAACUGGAAAAUCAUGUUUUGUUAAGAGAAUUAUACUUGGAGGACAACAGCAUCUCAACCUUUGAAAAAUUUUCUAAUUAUUGGCUGCCUUUGCUUCAGAUACUUUCCUUCUCACAAAACAGCUUGACACACCUUGCACCUCUUUUUUCAUAUCUGUCAUUGGAAAAGCUAGAUGUCAGCAACAACUGCUUGUUAGACCUUAAGAGUGUCAUCCAAUGGCUUAGUGGUUGUGAAAAUCUAAGAGAUUUAUCCCUAUAUGGAAAUCCACUUCUUCAAGAAGAGAACUGGAGGUGUUCCUUGCUUAACAUGCUGCCCAAUCUGAAAACACUUAAUGGUGAAAACAUACAUUCCAAUGCAGACAUCCUAGGUGAAACAAUAAAAAAGAAGCCAGAUCCGGAAAGUUUUGUAGCAUUUUGUCAAACUCAGAUUAAGGAAAUUAGCUCAGUCUGCAAAAAAGCCACAACUAGCCUAACAGGUGAAUUCUGUAUGGAUGCUGUGCAGCGCCAGUGUUGGUAUUUUAAGAAGCUGAUGAAGUUCAGUAGUGAACAUCGUUAUGCACAUGAGUAUGGUGUUCUGUACAGUACUGAAGAAGAGGAACCAGAAAAGCAGACAAAUAAUAUGAACCAAGAAACCAUUAACGUCACAGAGAAAAAUAGCUUCUUUGUCACUGGUGCAAAAGAAAAUAAGCAGAACUUGUUGAACAUGCCUGAAAGAUCAAUUGCUUCUGGCUACACUCAGCCUAUGUCUGUUAACUCUUUCACGGCAGUCCGUGCAAUGGGAAGGAAUCAAGAAUGCAGGCAAAAGAAGAAGAAUAUUCAUUAUUCCCUUAACCACAAUGGGGAAAGCAAAGAUAAUAGUGUAUUAAUCAGUCCUGAGAGAAACAAGUUUAACAAGCAAAUCAUGGCAAGUAAUGGAGGAAAUUAUCUUCAACGUUUUGACAGUUCUCAAAACUUGGCAGCCACAGUUAUACAGUCAUACUGGCGAGGCUACAAAGUUCGGAAAAAGAUCGAUUUCUAUACAAGGCUACAUAUGGCAGCAAAUGUAAUCCAGUCUUCUUGGCGAAGCUACUGUGUUAGAAAAAACAUUGUUGGUUGCAAAAAACGUCGUCAUUUCAUGGACAAGCAUCAAGCUGCUACUAUAUUUCAGGCACUUUGGAGAGGUUUCCAUCUGCGAAAGAAACUAGCUAGUGCCCUGGCAGCUGUUAAAACUGAUGAACUUGAGGAUGACUUUCGAGAAGUGAAUGUGGAUGACUUUAUGUUUAAUUAUGCUGUCAUACAGAAAGAAUGGCCAGCUUUGAAUUCUGCCCGUUUCCUUUCACAAACACUGCUGUUCUCAGACCAGUUGCCCUCGCCAAAGUCUAAUGAACUUAUUCAACAUGAAGACCAAUUGCACCGUUUGAAAUGGCCCAUGGAGAAAACCUGCCAGGUUAUGGAAAGACCAAAUUCAUUUUUGUUGGAAAACAGCCAGAUUAGUACCAGGUCAGAAAAGAACGCUGUCUCACAGUUCUCCAACUUGAAACCUUCCCCAAAGCCAUUGCUAAGAUCCGAAAAAGAGGAACAAAUUUCAGCAGAAUGGGGAUUUAAAGAUCUUGCUACUGCACAGCUCAUGCUAAAGAGAGCACAUAAAAUGAAAGCAAAGAAGUCUACAGCUAAAAGAAUUGACCCAGCUGUGCGCCUGGCGUUGUUCAAAAACAAUGAAAAUAAACAUCCCUCUGUGAAACCACCAAAGAAGGCACAGACAGGGGAAACGAGUUACUUUGAAGGUAAAGAAGACAACUUCACUUACAGAGAUAAAUUAAAAGAGAAGAUUGAAAGGAACAAAGAACGUACAUACCAAUGGCUUCAUACACAAGUUUGGGAUUAUGAAGGACCUAGUCCCAAAAAUGAAAAAUGCAAGCAUUUCUUGCCUGAGAUAGACCCUGAAGUUCUCAAGGGAGGAAGAGUUCAGCUUGUGACAAGCCCUGUAAGAAGAGAAGACACGGAUUUAGAGCUUGUUUCCAUGACCAGUGGAAGUACUUUGACUCUGAACAGAGAAAAAAAUAAUCAGCCACACAGACAGUCGACGGGAUUGCCAAAAAAGGAUGCACCUGCACCUGAGAGAUCACAGUUGGGCCCCUCACGUAAAGAGCGGAUAUCAUUUCGAGACCAUCCGGUUCAGCUCAGCGGUGGAUGGGGAAGUGGCAAAAAGAAAGCAAAACCUUUGAAAUAG